AUAUUUUACUCAAUACAUACUUACUCGCAUGCAAGCUGACAAACUAGAAAAACGAGUUAACCAAGUUGGACAGAAUUUGGUGUAAAUACAAUGCACUGCCUUUGCACUGUCAUUAGUCAGCCUAAAGUCAAGAGCAAUUUCAAUCAAUUAGAUCAGCAAGGACAACGCUGAACAGUUUUUUAAAGACAGAAGUUGCUCCAAUUAUAGAUUAUUAAUGUGAUGUGUUGAAUAACCUGUAUUUCUUCACCUUCACUUAAAGUGGAUGUACAGCUGCCUUGAGUAGAGCGGAGCAUAACAAUUCAGUCAUGAUAUACAUGCGAAGAGAAAAAUUGAGAUUCGUUUUCAUGGUGGCUGCCCUCAUAAUAUCAGCAUGCCUUGUCUUCAAACUCCUGCAGAUGGAUCCUGAACUAACAUUAUCAGAUUUAGUAGAAAGGUCAGUGGGGGGAGCAGCUUCUUACCAGUUGAAACCUGAUAAUCAUAAAGAUGAUGGUUCUAAAGGCAAAUGUGGCCUCCCAAAACCAUGUCCUGAAAAUAAUUAUACCUUUAAGAUUUACAGCGGCGCAACAAACAUCAUUGGACCACGAAUAUGCUUUGAGGGGAAAAUGAUAAUAGAGAAAGACACACGUGGAAACCGACAAGGAAUUAAUAUUGCUGUUAUCAAUGAAAUAACAGGUGAACACGUCAACACUGGCAGCUUCAAUAUGUGGAAUGGAAAGGUUGAGGAGCUGAUAGAGUUUCUGAAGUCAAUCGAGGAUGGUUCUCUUGUGUUGAUUGCCUCUUUUGAUGAUCCAGCCACAAAACUUAAUGAUGAAGCAAGGACACUCAUUGCAGAGCUUGGCAGUUCAUAUAUUUCCCAGCUGAAAUUCAGAGAUAACUGGGUCUUUGUGGGAGGGAAGAAAACCAUAACCAAUAUCUCUUUUGAGCAGCACAUAAAGAAUGACAGGGAAACCAAUAAGUACGAAGGCUGGCCAGAAAUUAUCGAGAUGGAAGGUUGCAUACCUCGAACAGACUGAACUUUCCUACAGCACAAUUUGUUCUUCUAAAUAAUGCCUUUUAAAUUAGGCACCAAGCUGAGCCACAAUGCAUUUCUGAUGUGUUACAUGAUACUUCAGGCCGUCCUAAAUACAGAGUAAUUCAUUUUUGGCCACAGGUUAUACUGGGCUUUUAUAAUGUAAUGUAAUAUA